AUGUAUAUCUGGGUCUGUCUCUCUCUCUCUCUCAUAUAUCUCUCUCUCUCUCAUAUAUCUCUCUCUCUCUCAUAUAUCUCUCUCUCUCUCUCAUAUAUCUCUCUCUCUCUCAUAUCUCUCUCUCUCUCUCUCUCAGAACCUCUAGAUCAGUGGUCCUCCACUUUUUUCUUUAUUCAUGGACCACUUUUUUUCUCUCUCUCUCUCUCUCUCAUAUAUCUCUCUCUCUCUCUCCUAUCUCUCUCUCUCUCUCUCUCUCUCUCUCUCUCUCCUCUCUCAUCUCUCUCUCUCUCUCUCUCUCUCUCUCUCUCUCUCUCUCUCUCUCUCUCUCUCUCUCUCAUCUCUCAUCUCUCUCUCUCUCUCUCUCUCUCAUCUCUCUCUCUCUCUCUCUCUCUCUCUCUCUCUCUCUCUCUCAUCUCUCUCAUAUAUCUCUCUCUCUCUCUCAUAUCUCUCUCUCUCUCUCUCUCAUAUCUCUCUCUCUCUCUCUCUCAUCUCUCUCUCUCUCUCAUAUCUCUCUCUCUCUCUCUCUCUCUCUCUCAAUAUCUCUCUCUCUAUUUAUUUUUAUAUAUAUAUCUAUAUCUCUCUCUCUUUCACAUCUCUCUUUCUCUCUCUCACAAACAAGCUGCACGCAAUCUGUAUGUUUCUGCAGUCUGCUCUCUCCCUCAGAAUCUACUCAACCCCAAACCAAGAUUACCCAAGAAAGAAAAGAAAAUGGGUCUUGUAAUUUUUGAUAAAGAUGGCACCUUAAUCUGUUUCCAGUCCAUGUGGGUUCCAUGGGCAAAGAAGUUAGCUGAAAAGUUGUCCAAAGUCACUGGGCUUCCCUUGGAGAAGAAAAUCUAUGACAUGCUUGGGUACUGCACUAUGUCAAACAAAGUGAUCCCUGGUUUGCUAGCUGAAUCAACUGGCCCUAUCAUAAAGCAGGAGUUGAUAAAGUUAUUGGUUGCUGAGGGCAUUAGUAAAGACAAAGCCCAGAAAAUGGUAUUUGACAAUGUAGAAUAUGGAGACAACAAGAACCCAUCAACUUUGCGCUCAUUGGCUGACUUGCAGAUUCUGUUUAAAAUUUUGAAACAGAAGUCCAUAAAAGUGGCCAUUUGCACAGCAGAUUGCCGCAAACCAACUGAGGAAUUGCUCAAUGAGUUCAACUUAGCAAAAGACGUAGACCUUAUUGUCUGUGGAGAUGACAACUCCUCUCAGCCCAAACCCUCUCCACACAAUGCACUAAUGAUCUGUGAUAAAUUGGGUGUUCCCCCUUCAGAGGCUGUUAUGGUGGGGGACACAAAAGUAGAUGUGAUGAUGGGUAAAGCUGCUAAACUAGGACUCAGUGUUGGAGUCUUAAGUGGUGUUGGGGGUAAGACAGAUCUUCAGUCCGAUGCUGACCAUCUUAUCAAGAAUGUACAGGACCUUUUACCGCUUAUAAUGCCUAAUGAGGAAUGGAAGGACUGUUAUGUUUACUCUGCUGAUGAACGGGUACUAAUUGAAAAGCAUCAGGGUGAGGAACCAACCACUAAUGAUGAUCUUUUGGUUCAGAAAGUUAACCUGGUUGUUUUUGACUUGCAUGGAACUUUACUUUGUCCGAAGUCUAGCUGGAUCAAGUGGGCGCAAGAGAUUGCUACCAAGCUGGAGGAACUGAGUCACCUGAGUCUCACUGAUAAAGUGUUUGCCCUUCUGGGUGUGUGCCAAGUAUCAUUCACGAUCCAACAUGGUCUUCUGACCGACCGACCGAAGAUUGAUGUCAAAGAGGCCCUGCGAGUACUCCUACGUGAGGAGGGUCUUGGUUACGAGGAGUCCUUGGUAAUUGUCAACCAAGCGUGGAAGGAUUGCAAAGGAGCUCUCUAUGGUGACCUCAAGGUGCUUGGGGACAUCCAGUCACUCUUUGAGAACCUGAAGCAAAAUAAUGUUAAAAUAGCCAUUACUUCUCAAGACUGUCGCGAAGAGUUAUUUAAGAUCUUCAACAGAUAUAACCUCAUGAAGUAUGUAGACAUGAUGGUGUGCGGGGAUGAUACUCGUACAGAGUUUAAUGCUGUUAAACUAAUCUGUAAUGAAUUGAAAGUUGAUCCAGCAGACACAGUUGUGAUAAGUGACUCCCCAAGUAAACUUCAUGGUGGAAAGGAGGCCCAGGUUCAAGCCAGUAUUGGGGUUUUGAGUGGUGUUGGCUCUAUGGAUGAUCUGGCUCCUCAUGCAGACCAUAUUGUGUCCACAGCCUGGGAUAUCUUUGACCAUGUCACUAAACGUCAACCCAGACAAAAUAACAUGUCAAAAAAAGACUUGAUGAUAGAACCUGGUUUACUGAAUGCCAAUCUUCGCCGGCGACCUCCUUUCUCUGGCACCCAAUCAGCCCGUUAUUUCAGCAACGCGACCUCAGUUACUGGCAAAACCGUACCCGAGUACACCCACAUUGUAGUAGGGGCAGGCUCUGCUGGCUGUGUCCUAAGCAACCGCCUCACAGAAGAUCCAGACAACAAGGUUCUACUGCUAGAAGCUGGGCCUAAAGACUAUUCCUGGAAAAUACACAUGCCUGCUGCUCUGAUGUACAACCUCUGUGAUGAUAAAUACAACUGGUAUUAUACAACAGAACCCGAGAAGCAUAUGGACAAUCGCAGAAUGUAUUGGCCUCGGGGACGUGUUUGGGGAGGGUCAUCUUCCCUCAAUGCUAUGGUUUAUAUCCGGGGCCAUGCCUAUGAUUAUGACCGGUGGGAGAGAGAAGGGGCCACUGGUUGGUCUUAUGCUAGCUGCCUGCCUUACUUUCGCAAAUCACAGACCCACGAGCUUGGUGCAAAUGACUACCGAGGUGGAGAUGGUCCGCUUCAUGUUUCAAGAGGAAAGACUAACCAUGAACUGUUUCAUGCAUUCAUCGAAGCUGGUCAACAAGCAGGUUACCCCUUUACUGAUGAUAUGAAUGGCUAUCAGCAGGAAGGGGUAGGUUGGAUGGACAUGACUAUUUACAAGGGUAAACGUUGGAGUACAGCCAGUGCUUAUCUGCGACCGGUUCUUCAAAGACCUAACCUUGAAACACAAGUAAGAUCACAUGUGAAACGAAUUCUCUUUGAAGGAAACAAAGCUGUGGGUAUAGAGUAUGAACAGAAGGGAACUGUACACAAGGUGCGUGCAACCAACGAAGUAAUUCUUUCUGGAGGUGCCAUCAACUCUCCACAGCUUCUUAUGCUCUCUGGCAUCGGUAAUGCUGAUGACCUAAAGACAUUAGGCAUUCCAAUUGUUUCCCACUUGCCUGGUGUAGGGCAAAACCUCCAAGACCAUCUUGAGAUUUAUGUCCAGCAAAAGUGUACAAAGCCCAUAACGCUAUACAGCAGCCAAUUUCCACACAAUAUGAUUAAAAUUGGUUUGCAAUGGUUUCUGACUUUUACAGGAGAUGGUGCUACCGCUCAUCUUGAGAGUGGUGGAUUUGUCCGUAGCCGUCCAGAUAUCGACCACCCUGACCUCCAGUUCCAUUUUUUACCAUCUACAGUUAAUGACCAUGGCCGAGAAUUUGGUCCUUGCCAUGCAUAUCAAGUCCAUGUGGGACCCAUGCGUCCAACUAGCAAAGGUUAUUUGAAACUGAGAACCAGAAACCAUAAUGACCAUCCUUUAAUUGUUGCAAACUACCUCAGUACAGAACAAGACAUUACUGAAAUGAGAGAAGGAAUUAAGAUCUCCAGAGAUGUCUUUGCACAAAGGGCAUUUGACCCUUAUCGAGGUGAUGAAUUAGCGCCUGGGUCUCAUAUCCAGUCAGACAAAGAGAUUGAUGCCUUUGCUCGCCAAAAAGCAGACAGUGCAUACCACCCUUCAUGCACGUGUAAAAUGGGCCAACCAAGUGACCCAAUGGCAGUGGUGGACCCAGACACAAAAGUGAUUGGAGUGGAAAACCUUCGAGUUGUGGAUGCUUCAAUUAUGCCCAGUGUUGUCAGUGGCAAUUUAAAUGGACCGACGUGUAUGCUGGCUGAAAAAGCUGCCGAUAUUAUCCGUGGCCGACAACCACUUCCAAAGUCAAAUGCACCUGUUUGGCAUCCUGAAACUCUGGAGGUGACUCAGAGAAUGGCGUCUGCUUGA